CUCUCUCCUAGGUAGGGGAGGGUGCAAGGGCAGUCAGAAGGCUUGGGGCCUGGCUAAAAGUAGUCUCUAUUGGGAUUGCAGUGAGGAGUGCCAUGGCUCGUACAUGAUCACCCCCGCCCCGCAUCCCUUCCGUCUCCCUGCUUCCCAAACCCCAAGUCCUGUAUUCAAGUAAGGUGCCACACAGCCUGGGGUACCACUUUUUUUUUUUUUUUCUUGAGAUGGAGUCUCGCUCUGUUGCCCAGGCUGGAGUGCGAUGGCACGAUCUCGGCUCACUGCAACCUCCACCUCCCGGGUUCAAGUGAAUCUCCUGCCUCAGCCUCCCGAGUAGCUGGGAUUGCAGGCGCCCACCACCAUGCCUGGCUAAUUGUUGUAUUUUUAGUAAAGGCAGGGUUUCACCAGGUUGGCCAGGCUGGUCUCGAAUUCCUGACCUCAGGUGAUCCACCUGCCUUGGCUUCCCAAAGUGCUGGGAUUACAGGCGUGACCCACCGCGCCUGGCCUGGGGUACCACUUUAAGAAGGCUCAGGGGAACCACCUUAAGAUAGAGUCCGCCUGCCCCAUAAUAUAUUAUCAGUCCUUCAAAGUCACUUCAAAUAAACACUAACAGCAGCUUGGAGACAUUCUUCCAGACUCCCCCUUUUACUCCACGAGGAAAAAGGAGCGGCGGAAUUGCUGCCAGCCAAACGCCAACUGGGACUUUGGGUUUGGGCUCGCUCCCCAUCUGGCGGUCAUGCGGGGCCAUUGGGCACUAGGGAAACCAGCCGCCCCGCCUCCUCAAACGGGAACCAAUAGGAACCCGGGCCCCGCCCAUGGGGGGAGUAUUUAGGAGCGGAUCAGGAACCCGCUUGCAGAGGGCUAGGGAAGCCAAAGGGAGCGCGGAGAAGCGUGCGGCCCCGCCUCACAACCUGGGAACCGGAGAGCAGGGGCCGUCGGCCGGCCAGAACCCGCCGUACCUCCUCGGCAAGGGCCAUCCGGUGCCACCCAUGUCGCACUAGAGCAGAAGUGGGUGAGUCCUGGAACUGCGACCUGCACAGAGCUGCUCUGUACUGUCCCUGGUGGUCGCCGCCAUGACCUGGUUGGUGCUGCUGGGGGCACUGCUCUGCAUGCUGCGCGUUGGGUUAGGCACCCCGGACUCCGAGGGUUUCCCGCCCCGUGCGCUCCACAACUGCCCCUACAAAUGUAUCUGCGCUGCCGACCUGCUAAGCUGCACUGGCCUAGGGAUGCAGGACGUGCCGGCCGAGUUACCUGCCGCUACUGCGGACCUCGACCUGAGCCACAACGCGCUCCAGCGCCUGCGCCCCGGCUGGUUGGCGCCCCUUUUCCAGCUGCGCGCUUUGCACCUAGGUCACAACGAACUAGAUGCGCUGGGUCGCGGCGUCUUCGCCAACGCCAGCGGCCUGAGGCUGCUCGAUCUAUCAUCUAACGCGUUGCGGGCGCUUGGCCGCCACGACCUCGACGGGCUGGGGGCGCUGGAGAAGCUGCUUCUGUUCAACAACCGCCUGAUGCACUUGGACGAGCAUGCCUUCCACGGUCUGCGCGCGCUCAGCCAUCUCUACCUGGGCUGCAACGAACUCGCCUCGUUCUCUUUCGACCACCUGCACGGUCUGAGCGCCACCCACCUGCUUACUCUGGACCUCUCCUCCAACCGGCUGGGACACAUCUCCGUACCUGAGCUGGCCGCGCUGCCGGCCUUCCUCAAGAGCGGCCUCUACUUGCACAACAACCCAUUGCCUUGCGACUGCCGCCUCUACCACCUGCUACAGCGCUGGCACCAGCGGGGCCUGAGCGCCGUGCGCGACUUUGCGCGCGAGUACGUAUGUUUGGCCUUCAAGGUACCCACGUCCCGCGUGCGCUUCUUCCAGCACAGCCGCGUCUUUGAGAACUGCUCGUCGGCCCCAGCUCUUGGCCUAGAGCGGCCAGAAGAGCACCUGUACGCGCUGGUGGGUCGGUCCCUAAGGCUUUACUGCAACACCAGCGUCCCGGCCAUGCGCAUUGCCUGGGUUUCGCCGCAGCAGGAGCUUCUCAGGGCUCCAGGGUCCCGCGAUGGCAGCAUCGCGGUGCUGGCCGACGGCAGCUUGGCCAUAGGCAACGUACAGGAGCAGCAUGCGGGACUCUUCGUGUGCCUGGCCACUGGGCCCCGCCUGCACCACAACCAGACGCACGAGUACAACGUGAGCGUGCACUUUCCGCGCCCAGAGCCGGAGGCUUUCAACACAGGCUUCACCACAUUGCUGGGCUGCGCCGUGGGCCUGGUGCUCGUGCUGCUCUACCUGUUCGCCCCACCCUGCCGCUGCUGCCGCCGUGCCUGCCGCUGCCGCCGCUGGUCCGGAACACCCAGCCCGCUCCAAGAGCUGAGCGCACAGUCCUCAGUACUCAGCACCACACCGCCAGACGCACCCAGCCGCAAGGCCAGCGUCCACAAGCACGUAGUCUUUCUGGAGCCAGGCCGGAGGGGCCUCAAUGGCCGCGUGCAGCUGGCAGUAGCUGAGGAAUUCGAUCUCUACAACCCUGGAGGCCUGCAGCUGAAGGCUGGCUCUGAAUCCGCUAGCUCCGUAGGCUCCGAGGGUCCCAUGACGACCUAGACUGCCCAGGACUCCCCCACCCAGGCCCCCACCCUCUUGCUGCUCGCCCUGCUCCCUGCUUCGGUCCAGAGAACUGGCAGAUGCUGGUGGGAAGCACUGUGCCUGGGCCCCCAGCUUCCUGUAUGGGCCUCGAAACACAAUGGGCCUUCUCGCUCACUGGUAGAGACAGGGGCUGUAGUCCCCAACCUGCCUUCUGCUCUGCCCCUGCACCGGACCCAAAGGCCCCAGGCCCUGCAAGGUGUGCUAGUGCCUGCUUUCCCGGGGACUUCCUAGUGCCCAAAUGCCCUGUGAGGCUGAGAGACCCAGGCCCCUGUGGCUUUCAACACAGCACAGCCGUGGAAGUGGCUGUGUUCUUCUACAGCCUGUGGAAGAACCCCUGUAGCAGAGCCCCCUGUCCACCCUCAGGGGCCAAGGCAGCUCUCGAGGAGUGGUGCUGAAGGAGCUGACGCAGGGCCGCCUCCCCUUCCCAAGGCGGUGGGAGGGAGUGGGCCCAUAGGGAAAAGAAGGCGGCUCUGAAGGAAGAUCUCGCCCACACCCCAGGACAGAAAGAGGAAACAAGCCCGCCCUCUGGUGAAAUGGGACUCCCUCCAUCCACCAACACCCAACCUCCUGAAAGCUUCACAACUUCACGCAGAGUCCGGUGGGCAGGCACCAGGCAGGAAAGGCUCAAGAGGUUCCUGGGGGUCUGGCCUAAGCCCCAGCCAGAGGCCCUGCUCUCUCUGGCCUGGGGCAUCCAGCCAUUGUUCUGAAGGCAGAGCCCAUUCUGUGGGCUCACAAGACACAGUGAAGGGGAUCAUGGCUUGCGCCCCUGCUUUUCAGCAGUAAAAAGCCCGAAAAGCCUGGUGAGCAUGGCCGAGCUGGGAGGGCCGAGCCGGAACUCCAUGUCCCUCGAGAGCAGAAGCCUCUUAAGGGCUGGCACUGGUCUCAGCCUAAUGGCUGAGGCGGUGCCCUGGCUUCACAUGCAUCUCACUGCUCCCACUGCAGGGGGGCAGGGAAGGGGGGUCUGGGAGCCCUUCAUGUGUGGGGGCCGAGCUGGGGGCCCCCAUGGCCAUCCUGGACCCCGCUGCUCCAGAGUUUAAUAAAGGCAGCACAUGCUUAUUGCUAGAGCCUUUGCA